CCGGGAAGCCUCAGGAAGCCACCUCUGAGCCAUGGGCAGCGUCGCGCGGGCUUUGUUGGUCCGCUCUGGUGGCUGCCCACGCGCCGCGGGGCCCCGGACCAGCUCCGGGGCCCUGCGGCCACCGCUCCCGCCUCUGCCCUGUUUGUUUUUGGUGUUGCUGGCGGCGCCCGGCGCUCGGGCUGCGGGAUACGAGACAUGCCCCACAGUACAGCCAGACAUGCUCAAUGUGCACCUGGUGGCCCACACACACGACGACGUGGGCUGGCUCAAGACGGUGGACCAGUACUACUAUGGCACCAAGGAAAACUACCAGCACGCCGGUGUGCAGUACAUUCUGGACUCAGUCAUCUCAGCCCUUCUGGCAGAUCCCAGUCGCCGCUUCAUCUAUGUGGAGAUCGCCUUCUUCUCUCGUUGGUGGCACCAACAGACAAAUGCAACACAGGAAAUCGUGCGGGAACUGGUGCGCCAGGGGCGCCUGGAGUUUGCCAACGGUGGCUGGGUGAUGAACGAUGAGGCGGCCACCCACUACGGCGCCAUCGUGGACCAGAUGACACUGGGGCUGCGCUUCCUGGAGGACACAUUCGGCAACGAUGGGCGCCCCCGUGUGGCCUGGCACAUAGACCCUUUCGGCCACUCUAGGGAACAGGCCUCGCUGUUUUCCCAGAUGGGCUUUGAUGGCUUCUUCUUGGGGCGCAUUGAUUAUCAAGAUAAAUUGGAGCGCGAGGGGACACAAGAGAUGGAGCAGCUGUGGCAGGCCAGUGCCAGCCUGAGGCCUCCGAUCGCCGACCUCUUCACUGGUGUGCUCCCCAAUAUUUACAAUCCGCCGAACAAUCUGUGCUGGGAUGUGCUGUGUGACGAUGGGCCUGUCGUGGAGGACCCCCAAAGCCCCGAGUACAACGCCAAGGAUCUGGUCAAUUACUUCCUGCGUCUGGCCGUUUCGCAGAGCCAGCACUACCGCACCAACCACACCGUGAUGACCAUGGGCUCGGACUUCCAAUAUGAGAAUGCCAACAUGUGGUUCAAGAAUCUUGACAAACUCAUCCGGCUGGUCAAUGCUGAGCAGGCAAACGGGAGCCGCGUCAAUGUUCUCUACUCCACCCCUGCUUGUUACCUCUGGGAGCUGAACAAGGCCAACCUCACCUGGUCGGUGAAACACGACGACUUCUUCCCUUAUGCGGACGGCCCCCACAUGUUCUGGACCGGCUAUUUCACCAGCCGGCCGGCCCUCAAACGCUACGAGCGCCUCAGCUACAACUUCCUGCAGGUGUGCAACCAGCUGGAGGCGCUGGCGGGUCCGGCAGCCAACGUGGGACCCUAUGGCUCAGGAAACAGUGCACCCCUCAAUGAGGCGAUGGCAGUGCUCCAGCAUCACGACGCGGUCAGCGGCACCUCCAGACAGCACGUGGCCGACGACUACGCGCGCCAGCUAGCUGAGGGCUGGGGGCCGUGCGAGGUUCUCCUGAGCAACGCGCUGGCGUGGCUCAGUGGCUCCAAGGACGUCUUCACGUUCUGCCUCAACCUCAACAUCAGCAUCUGCCCACUCAGCCAGAAAGCGGCGAGCUUCCAGGUCACCGUGUAUAACCCCCUGGCACGGAAGGUGGAUUGGAUGGUGCGGCUGCCGGUCACAAAAGGCGUUUUCCUCGUGAGGGACCCCAAUGGCAGGACUGUGCAGAGCUCUGUGGUGGUAAGUCCCAGCACAGAGCAGAAGGACCUUUCAGAGCUGCUGUUCUCAGCCUCAGUGCCUGCCCUGGGCUUCAGCGUCUAUUCAGUAGACCUGUUGACCAGCCGGGACGCCCAGGCCCGCACCCCAAAACCCAGACCCAAGAAUUCCUCAUCCCACAUCCUGGCCAUUGAAAAUGAGUACAUCCGUGCAACGUUCAGCCCUAAAACGGGGCUCUUGGUGGAGAUUGAAAACCUGGAGAAGAACCUCGUGCUACCUGUUCAGCAGGCCUUCUUCUGGUACAACGCCAGUGUAGGUGACAGAAUAAGCUCCCAGGCCUCGGGUGCUUAUAUCUUUAGACCGAGCCAACAGCAACCACUGCCUGUGAGGCGCUGGGCUCAAACUCAACUGGUGAAGACGGCCUUGGUGCAGGAGGUGCACCAGAACUUCUCAGCAUGGUGUUCCCAGGUGGUUCGCCUGUAUCCAGGACAGCGGCACUUGGAGCUGGAGUGGACGGUGGGGCCCAUCCCUGUGGGCGAUUCCUGGGGGAAGGAGGUCAUCAGUCGCUUUGACACGUCGCUGGAGACAGACGGAGUCUUCUACACAGACAGCAAUGGCCGUGAAAUCUUGGAGAGGAGGCGGGAUUAUCGACCCACCUGGAACUUGAACCAGACCGAGCCGGUGGCAGGAAACUACUAUCCAGUGAACACCCGGAUUUAUAUCACGGAUGGGAAAGUGCAGCUGACCGUGCUGACCGACCGCUCCCAGGGGGGAAGCAGCGUGAGAGAUGGCUCGCUGGAGCUCAUGGUGCACCGGAGGCUGGUGAAAGAUGACAGACGUGGAGUAGGGGAGCCACUGCUGGAGUCAGGGUCAGGGGCAUGGGUGCGAGGGCGCCACCUCGUGCUGCUGGACACCGUCCAGACUGCGGCCGCGGGACACCGGCUGCUGGCAGAGAAGGAGGUCCUGGCCCCGCAGGUGGUGCUGUCCCAGGGUGGCGGCGCCCCCUACAACCUCCGGGCUGCUCCACGCAAGCAGUUCUCAGGGCUGCGCCGGGAGCUGCCGCCCUCGGUGCACCUGCUCACACUGGCCCGCUGGGGCCCGGGGAUGCUGCUGCUGCGCUUGGAGCACCAGUUUGCCGUAGGGGAGGAUUCACUACGCAACCUGAGCUCCCCUGUGACCUUGGACUUGCGGGACAUGUUCUCCGCCUUCACCAUCACCAGCCUGCAGGAGACCACGCUGGCGGCCAACCAGCCCUGGGCCACCGCUUCCCGGCUCAAGUGGAGACCAAACACAGGCCCCAGACCCCGCUCCACUCCCUACCUACUGGACCCGGCCGCUGUCACACUGGAGCCCAUGGAAAUCCGUACCUUCCUGGCCUCAGUUCAAUGGAACGAGAAUGAUUAGACGUGCUAGGAUGCCCCCUCGGAGCCUCUGGGGGCAAGGCAGACUCUCCCUCUCCUCUUGCUGUUGCUGCCACCAACAAAAGCCAUUAAAAUGCCACCACUAAGACACAGGUGGC